AUGUUUAGAUACACCGGCCGAGAGUGUGAAGUGGUGAAUAUGGGAUCGUAUAACUAUUUGGGAUUCUCGCAUAAUGAUGGACCGUGUGCAAAAGCGGCCGCACAAAUCAUUGACCGAGAUGGAUUGCACGCAUCGGCGACGAGAAGCGAAGGAAGCAUGUUGAAGGUUCAAGGAGAAUUGGAGAAAUGUGUUGCCCGAUAUCUUGGAGUAGAAGAAGCGAUUUGCUUCCCGAUGGGUUUUGGAACGAAUUCGAUGAAUAUCCCGGCUCUUGUUGAUAAGAAUUCCCUCAUUCUCUCCGAUAAACUCAAUCAUUCCUCUCUUGUCAUCGGUUGUCGCCUUUCGGGAGCUCAAAUCAAAGUUUUCAAGCAUAACAGUGCAAAGGAUUGCGAGAACAAGUUACGUGAUUCCCUCUGUCAGCCAAAUCCGAAGACAGGAGAGAAAUACAAUAAGAUUCUGAUUGUGAUUGAGGGAAUCUACUCAAUGGAGGGAACAAUUGUCGAUCUGCCUUCAUUCAUUGAAGUCAAAAAGAAAUAUGGAGCCUAUCUCUUUUUGGAUGAAGCGCAUUCUGUCGGAGCUCUCGGUCCAACUGGAAAAGGUGUCGUCGAGUAUUGGGGAUCGAAUCCACGCGAUGUUGAUUUCAUGAUGGGAACACUGACGAAAAGUUUUGCCGCAGCUGGUGGAUAUAUUGGAGGCGCAAAGAGAGUGAUCGAUCAUCUUCGGGUGAAGAGUGCCGGCUCAUGCUAUGGAUCAGCAAUGUCGCCACCAAUUAUCGCGCAAGUGAUGAGCAGUAUGAAGAUAAUGUUGGGCGAAGAUGGAACAGAUAUCGGAAGAAAAAAAGCUGACAAUCUAUUGAGAAAUUCACGAUAUUUCAGAUCAAAGCUGAAGGCUCUCGGUUUCAUGGUUUACGGUCACGAUGACAGUCCCGUUGUUCCAUUGAUGACUUUCUACACCUCAAAAGUCGUAUGUUUUGGCCGUGAAACUCUUCGUUGUGGCGUUGGAGCAGUGCAGGUCGGCUACCCAGCUACUCCAUUCACGAAAGCGCGUAUUCGUUUCUGUAUCUCGGCCGAUCACACAAAAGAACAAUUGGACUUUGUUCUGCGACAAUGCGAUCACAUCGGUGACGCGACGGCCACCAAAUACGCAAAAGCAAAUUUGGAUCUCUUUAGAAAAAUUGACUAU